AUGGCUCUGUUCAUGGACGCAGAUUUCUCUCUACUCAAGCAGACCCAGCAGAAAGACAUGAUGGAUUUUAAGGCGUUAUUCGGAGAACAGGAUCCCUGCAAAGAGGUGCGCAGUGAAAGCGCCGUGUCUUCCCCGGAGCCGGACCGGGCCGCGAGUCUGAUGGAGGGUCAGCGGAAGAGGAAGAGGACCAUCUUCAGCCGGGCCCAGCUGUCUGAGCUGGAGCAGGCCUUCGCUGUGACUCCCUACCCAGACAUCACCCUUAGGGAGAGGCUGGCCGCUCACACACACCUGCCCGAGAGCAAGAUACAGGUGUGGUUCCAAAACCGAAGAGCCAGAAGUAUCAAGACUGGGAGACUCCCCAAGUCCACCAAGCAUGUCCUAGGAGGCAGAGUGCUUGCGGAGCCCACCCCAGGGCCUGUGGCCUCAGCUUUCCCCGCCCCAACCACCCUGGCAGACAUAUUCAGGCCAGAGCACAACCACCCCUGUGAGGAUGUCCCUCAAAUCUACUCCGACUGGAUCCAAAUCUACAGCAACCAACCUCCAUCUUCCUCAGCUCUCCACCAGCAGCCCACACUCGGCUCCCCAAAACUCCCUGAGUCUCGUCUCUGGGAAGAGGAGCACCACCAGCGGCAGCACCUGGGAUCAGCUCUCCCCGGUUUCCUCCCCGGCUCAUUUGCCCAGCCCCUCACCAGGCAGCCUCAUCACUCGGCCUCCAACCGCUCCUACCAGGCCUUCAGGAACUUCAAGCCCCAGAGUCUGGCUCCAUCUGGGGCUCAUCAGAGUGUGUACGGAGGGAGCGCUGGAGGUGGAGGUCACGCUUCUGUAGACCAGGUGGUCCCUUCCCACCCUCAGCCAAUGUACUGGGAGGUAACUCAAGGCCAGGGACACCACCACCACCAUCAUCACCCACAAAUGGGACCACAGACCUCCAUGGGCUACAUCUCAGACCUGAUCUACAACGCUGCUAUUGUCACCAACUUUCUGGAAUUCUGAUGAGUCCAGAUGUGGAGCAUGAUAUGUGGAAAACAUGUGGAUGAUGGACAUGAUAUGUGGAUAUUGUUGCGAUCAAGGCUCCUGUCUUGGACUCCUUUGUAUUUCCCUUUAUAUCACCUUGUGUGUCUAAAUGUGUCUGUUCAGUUCAAUGUUCAGAGUUUAAUGUUCAUCAAGCACACCUCUCAUAUACUAUACAGUUGUUUUCAAGUUGUUGUUGGUUUGUCCUUAUAAUUGUUUUUAGUAUGUUCCAGUCAUGUUUUAAAUAUGUUAGCGAUUCAUGUGAUUUAUGUCAUCCCAGCCCUCAGCUGAGUUUACAAUUGCUUUGGCUCAGUUAUCACAUCAGGUUUAUAAUGAGCAAAACUCUCAAUGCAAAAAGCCAAACUGAGCAGCCAAAUCCUUCAUUUUAAACACAAAAUGUUGUUGUACAAAGUGCAAAACAAGAAAUCAUGUUCAGUCCUCAAAAUACAGACACUGUACAGUUCAUUCUCAGUGUUUGUGCGCUGAAGUCUUCAAGUUUCCACACCACAUUUGAGAAAGUUACAUAGUGGACUAUGAUUGGCUCCAAACUAGUUGUGAUGUCACAAAUCAUUCUUGUACAGUAGAUACACACCUUGAAGUAAGUUUUAAAAUGAGCACAGAGAAACUUUCCUCCCUCAGCAGAUGAAUAUAAAAAACAACUCCGCACAUACAUCAGUCUGCUCACUGAAGCUCAAACAUCCAACUGUAGAAGCAAAACACAUUUUUGAGUGGAGGGGGACUUAAACAUUACCAGAUGAACAGCUUUGCAGCAGAAUUUCUAAUUACUUUGCCAACACAUAUUUCAAAUGCAAGGCAGCAGUGGAAAAUAAAAGGAAAAAUAAGUAUUACCGUAUUUCCCUUUUGUUUCUAUCACAGUCAAAAUGUUGAAUGUACUGAGUGUCUGUUACAGAAGUAACAGUAACUGUGUUUAAGUUAUGCUUUCCAGCAUUACUCCAGCUCACUGUGUUUUAGAUAUGUAAGGUCUGGUGUCUUGAAAACAAACUAUUUGUGGUGACUGCAGUGUGACUCUAAAUUUCAUCAUCUACUGCAUAUUUACAACAAUAGAAUAUAUUCAAUAAAUAAAAUGAAAGUUUUCAAAUGUGAUUCUCACUCUACAUCAUUUCAAAUACUGACAUCUGCAUAAAUUAUUUUUUUUUCUCACUGCAAUCUCGAAGAAAUGACUGCUGCAGACUCUGUCAGCUGUUUAACAGAAUUAUUUGAUCUUGACCAUUUUAUUUAAAAUGCAACGAUGUACUCAUCAUAAAUUCAGUGAUGGACAUGAGCAUGAUGUUCUGAUAAACUCACUGUAUGAUCUUUUACCUAAUUGAUAUUUUCACUUUGUGUGCUAUGUGAGAUAUUGAGGCCCAAAUUAAGAAUACAUCAUUUUUGUGAAAUGUGAGUUUUGCUAAUAAAAUUGAACCAAAGCAACUGAAAAGCAAAUUCAGUAAUGCAGAAAGGUGAAUAGUCAUGCACAUAUAAACUCAGAACUUGUUCCGGUAUGUUUCUAGUCUCAUUUUGAUACUUUCUAACUAAAUAAAGGACUAAUCCAAAGAUUCAGAGAACAGCUCAUAAACUCAGUAACCCACCAACUUGUCUCUACAGUGGAAUCACUUGUACUUGGAUUCUUCUCACAGCUGCCAGCUCCUGUUUACCGUGCCAUGUUUAAU